AUGAAUCCUAGUGAUGGUCGUCCACGAUUAGAAAAGACGCAAAAAACACCGGGUAGCCGUCAUGUAGGCGGCGCACUAGCUCGUCGCCGUCGGCAGCAACGGGCUGGCACAUCUACAACCCCCCAACCCUCUCAACUAAUGACGGAGUCUGACUUCGAGUCUUUGGAAAGUGGUGGUGACGAAGAGACAUCAGAGAAUUCCGGUGAUGCUGUACACGUGGUGGAACCACUCAAAAAGAAAAUUGGGACGAAGAAGGCACAAAAGUUGGCAGAAAAAGAGCGCCGGAAGGAAGAGCGCGAAGCAGAAGAGAGAUACAGAGAAGCACUGCGAAAAAAAGAGGACGAGGAGAUAAGGAAGAGGAAAGAGGCCGAGGCGAAGGCUGCAGCAGCCGAAGCUGCUCUCGCUGCUGCUGAAGAGAAGCGGAGACUGGAACAAGAACUUAGGGAACAAGCUGAGUAUGAAAAACUCAAGGCAACCUUCUCGAUUGAGGGCGAGGGUGUUGGCGUUAAGCAGCUGGAUAAGGAAGCUGAAGAACAAUUGAACAGGGAAUUCGUUGAUGCCAUCAAGGAAGCCAAAAUAAUAUCUCUUGAGCGUCUUUGUAUUGAAUUCGAAAUGAAAACUGAUGCCUGUGUGGAAAAAAUCAAAUCACUACUUUCAGAGGGAUUGCUAAGCGGUGUUUUAGACGACCGUGGCAAAUUUCUUUACAUAGAGCAGUCGGAGUACGAAGCAAUUGCGAAAUUCAUUGAGCUACGUGGUCGUGUAACAAUCAGCGAACUCGUUGAACAUGGCAACAGGAUAAUCAAAGCCCGCACCUCCGGUUGA